AUUGUAGUAGUAGUUAAUUUUUAUAUACCGGAAAUUGACACCAAAAAAAAAAAGUAUCACCAAAAUUUUCCAGAUUUUUUCAAACCUCCCACUGUAAGACUAAACCGGUAGUAUAGUAUAGAUCAAUCACCAUGUUAAGGAGGAUACUAACCAAUCGUGCUAGAAUAAGGAUACGUAAUACUACUAUUCGAUUCAAUUCAUCCAAAUCAAUCAUAAGUGGAGAUAGUCUUGAUUAUGAGACGAGAAAAGGUAUCAUUAGUCAAAACCCAAGUGGGUAUUAUCCACCUAUAAAUCAACUUCGUCAAAAAUUCAAAGGGAAAUUAUUACUGACCCGUUUAUUCCGUGAUCAAUUUAAAGAUGAAGAUUUCACUCAAUAUGAAAAGAAGUUAUAUCCUCAGGAGAAAUUCUUAGUGGAGGGUCAGAUUGUAUCGAUUCGAAAAUCGGGGAAAUCAUUAUAUUUUGUUGAUAUUAUCCAACUGGGAGUUCGAUUACAAUUCAUGAUUAAUAAAAGUAUGAUAACUGAUACAGAUUCUGAUUUUGAUAAAGUUCAUUCUCAAUUUAAAAAGGGAGAUUAUGUAUUAGGAUUUGGAUAUGCAUCUGUGAGUAAUGUGGGGGAAUUAAGUUUGAAAUUAUCAUCACCUUUACAAAUGUUGGUUCCAUGUUUACAAGAGAUUCCGAAUAAAUUAGAAGAUAAAGGGAUUAUUAAUUCGAAUAGAGUAUUAAAUUAUCUUGUUAAUCCGAGUGUGAGUAAGACUCCAAUUAUAAUUAAAUCAAAGAUAAUUCAAUCGAUAAGGAAAUUUCUUCUUGAUCGAGAAUUUUUAGAAGUUCAAACUCCGAUCUUGAGUGGAUUCGGGACAGGUGCCAAUGCUCAACCAUUCACGACGGUGGCUAAUUCAUUAUCGGAAGAAUUGGUUCAAUUAAGAGUGGCACCCGAAUUAUGGUUAAAGAAAUUGAUUAUUAGUGGAUUUGAUCGAAUUUUUGAAAUUGGGAAUAGUUUUCGAAAUGAAGGGAUUGAUGCAAGUCAUAAUCCUGAAUUUACUACUUGUGAGUUUUAUCAAACUUAUAUAAAUUUAUCUGAUUUAAUGAGAACGACAGAACAAAUGAUUAAAUUUGUUUAUCAAGAUUUAUAUCAUAUAAUGGAUGAAGGGGUUAGAGAUGAAUUAAACCCAUUGAAAAGUUUUAAAGAGUAUCCUAAAUUUGAUUUUGUAAGUACGUUGGAACUGAAGACAGGAGUUAAAUUACCAUGUGAAUUAUCAUCGAUUAAUUUAAUUAGAUAUUUGGAAACGAUUGGUAUUCCAAUUCCAGAUAAUAAAUCACCAUCUAAUUUAUUAGAUGUUUUAUCAUCAACUUAUUUAGAAUCAAUUUCAUUAGAAGAAACUUAUAAGAAUGUACCUAUUUUCAUUUAUAAUCAACCAUCGAUUUUAUCUCCAUUAGCGAAAUCAACUAUGAUUGAAUAUGAUGGAGGUAGAAAUUAUGAUAUUUCCCUUCGAUUUGAAUUAUUCAUUAAUGGAAAAGAAUAUGUGAAUGCAUAUGAAGAAGAGAAUUCCCCGUUUGAACAAGAAUCUAAAUUCAAAUUACAAGAAUUAUCGAAAGCUAAUUUCAAUGAUGAAGAGAUGUUGAUUCCGGAUUGGAAAUAUAUUCAAAGUAUGGAAUAUGGCUUACCACCUACGGGAGGAUUUGGAUGUGGUAUUGAUAGAUUAGCAAUGUUAUUUGCCGGUGUGGAUAGAAUAGAUCAAGUGUUACCAUUUGGUAAUUUAAGAGAUGUGAAGAAACAAUGAAGAAUUGGAUGUACAUAGAUAACGUUAAAUAAUGAUAAAUGUAAAUAGAAUAAGCUUAAGCGACAUUAUUGUUUUGCUGUAGAGAAUGUUCUAUAUCAAUGGAUGAUAUGAUCAAAAGUAUGCCAAACCAUUAUAGAAAGUAUAAUAAGACGCGUCAGUUAUGGAAGUACCCACGAUAUGAAUAGAAGAAUGAUAAAGAGGAGGCGGCGGCGGCGGCGAUCGAUAUAAAAACUCUAAAUAGAUAACAUAAAUAAUAAUAAACAGACUAA